GGAAAUAACUCAGCAUCGUUCGAGCAAGCGUGGGAGAGAGUGUUGAGUGUAGUUAAUCCGAGGUCGAAGGCUGAGAACCGGCAGACAUCACGGCAGUGGGUGGAUUGUGUUGUUUGAACACUUCUCAGGUGAUUACGAAGGUGGAGUCUAAAAGAUUUGAUAUGUGGGGCGUUUUCCUCGACCUCUUUUACUGCCUUUGUAGGCUAUGCUCCUCCAAUUCUCUUGAGAUGGAAAGAAAUGAACCCACUCAUUCAGAAGAUCCAAAUUCCGGGGCUUCUUCCUCACGGUCCUCUCCACUUGUAGGUGAUUAUGAAGGUGGAACUAAACAAACAGAAAGAAAUGAUUGCGAAGUGUUCUUGAGCUUUAGAGGGAACGAUACUCGUAAAGGUUUCACUGAUUAUCUCUAUACCAGUCUUGUUGAUGCAAGAGUUCCUGUGUUCAAAGACGACAAUGACCUCCGUGUUGGUGAGGAGAUUGGACCAGAACUUCUCCGCAAUAUUACACAAUCUAAGAUCUCCAUCCCAAUUAUCUCAGAAGACUACGCUUCCAGUAAAUGGUGCCUUUACGAGCUGGCUCAUAUGUUGAAGUGCAAGAGAAAUGAAGGGCAAAUAGUUUUGCCCAUAUUUUACAAAGUGGAACCCUCGCAAUUGCGAAAUCCUAGUGGUAGAUUUAGAGGUGCUAUCAAUGCAUAUAAAAAGAAAUUGGGCACAAUUGUUGCAGAGGAAUGGGAACAAGCACUUAAGGAAGUUAGUUGCUUAAAAGGAUGGGAAUCGGAGAAAGUUGAAAACGGGCAUGAAGGGGCAUUGGUUAAAAUUGUUGUCGGAAAAAUUAUGAGCGAGUUGAAAAGACUUUUUCAGCUAAAUGUUCCUGAACCAUUGGUGGGAAUUGAUGAUCCAGCUGAACAUAUCAUGAGCAAGAUAGAUGAUACAUUCAAUGGAACAUGGAUUAUUGGAAUUUAUGGAAUGGGCGGCAUUGGUAAGACAACUCUUGCAAAGGUAUUAUACAACAAACUCUUUAGUCAUUUUGAAGAUCGUAGCUUUGUGGCAAAUAUUCGAGAGACAUCUAAACGUAAGGGCAUUGAAUGCCUACAAAAGCAGCUCAUUUCUGACAUGAUAAGAAAAUCGUUUGAUGUGUCUAAUGUCGACGAGGGAGUUAGUGUCAUCAAAUCUCGAUUUACAAGUAAGAAAAUUCUCGUUCUUCUUGAUGACAUGGAUGAUAUUGCUCACUUGAAUGCUUUGUUCGGAGACCAUAGCUGGUUUAAAGCAGGAAGUAUAGUCAUCAUAACAACUAGAAACAAGAGUAUUCUUGACAAGGCUAGGGCAAACUACAUGUACCCACUCAACAAGUUGUCUUUGGAUAAAUCAUUGAUUUUAUUUAGUAGACAUGCAUUUCGAAAGGAUUCUCCUCAGAGUGAUUAUGAGGUUAUCUCUAGUGAUGUUGUAUCUACUACUUUGGAGGGCUACCCUUAG